AAAGAAAUGAACAAAUUGUAUAUAGGUAUUAGAGCUGAAGAUAAAUCUUAUUGGGAAAGAAGGACUCCAAUUCCUCCUCAUGAUUGUAAAUACAUUAUGGAAAAAGUAAUAAUAUUAUAUAUAAUCUAAGCAUCCAUAAAUUUAAAUUGUGGUACAGCCAUCAACAAAAAGAAUUUUUACAGAUGAACAAUAUUUAGAAGUUGGAUGCUUAGUUUAAGAAGACUUAACUUAAUGCAAAGCCAUUGUUUGUAUUAAAGAAAUUCCACUUGAUAAAUACAUCGAAGGAAUGACUUACCUACAUUGGUCUCAUACAAUAAAAGCUUAACCACACAAUAUGCCUGCUUUGGAUAUAAUGUUAAAGAAAAAUAUCAGGCAUUUAGAUUAUGAAAGAAUAUACGAUGAAAAAGUAAUCAAUAAAUAAUAUAUUCAAUAGGGUGUUAAUACUACUGCAUUUCCAUAUGCAGGUAUAGCAGGAGUAAUUACAUUCUUGAAUGAAUAUGGAAAAUAUUUACUCAAAAGAGACAUUGCCACUCCAUUCCUUCAAAUAGGCCCAACUUAUUAAUAUUUUAAUAAAAAAGAUGCUUAUUAAGCAUUAAAUGUGGCAGGACAAGCUAUCAAGGAUAGAGGACUACCAAAAGAGGCUGGAUUACCAAUUAUUAUUGGUGUUUUGGGUUCAUCAGGAUUGUGUGGUAAAGGUUCAAUGGAAGCCUUAUCUAAUCUUCAUGUCACACUAGUAAAACCAUCAGAAUUGAAAGAAUUAGUGAAUACUCCAAAUGAUCCUAAACACAGAAGAACAGUUUAUGUGUGUCCAUUCAAAACAACUGAUUUAGUUAGACAUUAAGAAGACUAUGAUAAAGAAUUUACUUCAUAAGAUUAUUAUAAUCAUCCAAAUUAAUACACACCUGUUUUCCAUACGAAAUAUUUACCUUAUUUAACUAUUAUUAUUAAUGAUAUAUAUUGGGAUCAUAAAUUCCCUAGAUAUAUAACAAAUUCAUAAAUGAAGGUAAUUAAUAUAUUUUAUAAUUUUAGGAUUUAGUUUAAUCAGGAAAGAGUAGAUUAUAAGCUGUAUGUGAUGUAACUUGUGAUAUGGAAGGAUCAAUCUAAUUCUUAAAGAAAUAUACAACACCUGAUAACCCUGUUUAUUUCUAUGAACCCAUUUCUGAAUCUAUUCAUGAUGAAUUUGAUGCAAAAUCACCAAAGGAUAUUAUGUAUAUGUCGAUAGACUUUUUACCAUCUCAAUUACCUUAUGAUGCUAGUAUUGAUUUUGGAAUUGCUUUAAGGGAUAUUGUACCUCAUCUUGCUUAUUCAGAUCCUACUAAAUCAUUAGAAGAAAGUGGAUUACCAGUAUUUUUAUAAAAUGCUACAAUAACAUUACAUGGAUAACUAACUCAUAAAUUUUAAUAUAUUACUCAUUUAAGAAAUAUUAAUGAUUAAUUGAAGGAAGCUGAAAGUUUCUAACCAAAAAAAGCUUUAAAGAAGGUUCCUUCCUAUUUGGCUAUCAGAUUAACAGGACAUUUAUUCGACACUGGUGCUAUUAAUAAAAUCUUAUCAGUUGUUUAAUCGUAAUAAUUUUACUUAUUUUUUUAGUGGUUGUAAAUUCAACAUUGUAGAUAUUCAAGCUGGCCAAUCUGACAAUUAACAAACUUCUUGUUUACUCUAAUUGUACAGUAAAAAUAAAGGAUAAUUAAUGGAUGAAGUUGAUAAAGUAAUUCAAUUAUGUGAGAGCAUAGAUAUAUAAGUUGAUAUGGAAUGAUUAAUAUAAUUCAUUUUAUAUAAUAGUAAUGAAUAUU